AUGUGGACAAGGUCUGAAGCUGAGACUGAGGCAGAGUCUGAUGCUGAACCUAAGGCUGAAGCUAAAGCUGAGGCUGAGGUUGAGGCUGAGGCUAAGACUAAGACUAAGGCUAAAGCUAAGGCUAAGGCUGAAGCUAAGGCUAAAACUAAGACACAGGUUAAAGCUAAGGUUAAGGCUAGGGCGAAAGCUAGGGCUAAGGCACAGUUAAGGCUAAAGCUAAAUCUUUGA